AUGGGGACGCUGCCGAAACGGAAAGAUAUCCCACCGUGGGUGAAAGUUCCUGAAGACUUGAAGGAUCCCGAGGUGUUCCAGGUCCAGACGCAGCUGCUGGAAGCCAUGUUUGGCCCAGGCGGAUCUCGAAUCCCGUACAUCGAGCAAGUGAGCAAAGCCAUGCUUGAGCUGAAGGUUCUGGAAUCCUCGAACCUCACCGAGGUCGUGGUUUACGGCAAUUACAUGUACAAGCUCCGAACCAAGUGGAUGCUCCAGUCCAUGGCCGAGAGGCACCGCCUGAGGCAGGAGCGAGGGAUGCUCAAACUUGAGGAAGCCAUGAAUGCCCUCGAGCUAGACCCUUCGAUGAAGUGA